CAGAAGCGACGCUGCUUUUCAUACUUACGGACUAUUCCGUCAUCUGGUCAGCCCUCACAGAAAUCACAUGCCUUCGCUUCGUCUACAGUCUUUUAUCUCCCACUUAAAUGCCCUUCCCACGCCCCGUAUCCUUUGCCUCAAUACUCUCUCUCUCUCUCUCUCUCUCGACCCUCUAGAGGGCUUGGUGGGCAGCACCAACUUUCCCUUUCCUUGGAGCUCUUCUCUCGCGUUUCAUCGAUCGUGUCCCUCCUCGUUUCGACGCUCUCUCUUGUCAAGAUUCGACCUUUCUGCCGCACCGUAGCGAGUUUGGUCGUGGGAAUUUGUGGAGGCUCCGACUCCCGUCUUAUGUCUGUGUCCCCCACGCUUCUGUUUUUCCAGCUGUAGGAGUGUGUUUGAGAAGUUUUUCUUUUGAUGGAAGACCUGAAAUCAUCUGGUGCUGAACGCGCAUGUGUCGAAACCCUAGGAGAAUCUACUGCAGAGCAUCAUCUUUUCAUUUCCAGUGAAGAUGGUGGUGGGUCUGGGUUGCAUAUUGAUUCUCUGAAAGAAAAUGGUAAUGGUGCAGCUGUUGAUGCUGUGGCAACAGAUGCUGAAGUUGGGAAUGCAAAUGUAAGCUGUGGUCUUAAAGGAAGUGAGACUGUAGAUGAAAAAUGUGGUGACUUGGCAUUUGAUUCUGAGGUUCCUGUCGAAGGGGCUGGUGGAAAUACUGAUAUUGUUGAUGGCAUUGAUGUUGCUGUGAGCGUUUUUGGACUGGCAGCUCAGGAUGUCGAAAGAGAGAGCACUGUUACUGCUGGUGCAGGGGGGGUAAGUUCGGGCAUUGUUGAAGAUGCGAUGGUUGGCAAUCUAGAAAAUUACAAUGCUGGUGGCAACUUGGAGAACAUUUUGGAAAAUGUUGAGGCCGGCACUAGAAUUGUGAGCUCAACCGGUAAUAGGGGUGAGGAACUUGUUAAAGAUGUGGUAGUCCUAGACGGAGGAAUGGAAGCUGAGGAAGCGCCUGAUUUGAUUGGAGACAAAUCAUCUGAGAAGAUGGAACUAACUGGCAAUGGUAUAUCACUUUUUGUGGAAUUUCCUGGACCGGCAAGUGGAGCAAUUCAGGAUCAUGUUGUUGAAGGUGGCCAUGAGUUGGGCAUCAAAGAAGAGCAGGAAAAAACGCCGUGUCAGGCGAUGGAUAGGAUGGAAGAUAAUAAUGACUGUGUCAGUUUUGCCGUAGGGGAUGUUGUAUGGGUGAAAACCAAAAGUCAGACAUGGUGGCCAGGAAAGAUUCUAGAUCCUUUAGAUGCGCCAAAAUAUGGUAUGGAAACAAUGGGAGUUGACGAGAGGGAGUGUCAACUUGUUGGGUACUUGGGAAGUGCUCAUGUUUCUUGGUGCCUCCUGUCUCACUUGAUGUCUUUUCAUAGGAACUUUGAGCAGAUGCUGAGACAAAAGAAGUCCAGAAGCUUCAUCAGUGCUGUCCAAAAGGCCGUGGAUGAAUUUGGUACCCGUGUGAGGCUGAAGCUCUUGUGCGCAUGCUUUUUACCAGAAGACGAAGAUGGGGAUGUAAAGCCUGAAAAAGGGACAAAGACCUCUGUUUUGGAGGAAAUCAGUGAAGUUUCGAGCAGUUUAUUUGAAGGUGGGAAGUUUCUCCAUCAUCUAAAAUGCAUUGCCCUUGCUACUUCUGUGCCUACCAUGCUUGAACUUACAGUCGUGAUGAAUUACUUGUCUGCCUUCUACUGUUCAAUUGGGCAUCACCGUAUGCCUAUGCAACUUCUCUGUCCAACGACAGACGCCGAGGAUGAUGCUGAGGACUUGAAGGAUAAAUUUUUCUCAGGUGAAGAUGGGUUAAAAACGAAAAAGAAGCGUAAGGCUUGGGGUUCUGCUCAGGAACUUGGAAGUGAUGCAGUUGAAGAUGUUAGUGCCAGUAAACUGGAUCCUCUAUCAGAAGAAGAGGCGGAAGGGAAUAGCGACUACGGGUCCAAGGAAGAUAAUGAGAAGGGGCUUGAGUCGAGGGCACGAAAGAAGAGCAAGUACUUGUCAUAUCCCUAUGUAAACUGGGGAAACAAAGAAGGUUUUGCAGAAAUAGGAGAUCAUGGCUCCUUGAAUGGUUCUCAUGAAAUGGUCGGGAUGGAUUCAUGUGGCAUUGAGUUCGCUGGUUCUCCUUCAUUUGUCAAAUCUACUGGUAAGAUAUUCCCAAGCAAAUGGUUUAAAAAGUUUGCUUCUAAUAGUCAUGUCUCCACUGCAGAGUCAUUAAGCAUUUCAUCAGCGGAGUUCUUGGCCGAGCUUCGUUCUGCGGCAUUGGGAUGUACACAUCCUAAUGAAAGGAAUGACUUCGACUCGAUUGGGUGGUUUGCCUAUAGAUUUAGAAGCUCAACUUAUCAUGAUCAGGCCAUAUAUGAAAAGUGUGUUAAAGACAUUGCUGAUCAGAAAGAGGGAUUUGCUGCCAGCCCUUACUCUGCUGGUAACUCUGAGCUGAAGGGGAGAAGAAAGAGAGGAAAGGCUGGAAAAGGGAAUUCAGAUGCUGGAGCUAGCCUCAAAAAGCAAACGGGUGGUAGAAUCAAAACAAAGUCUCUCUCCGGCUUAUCAGAUGUGAGUAUUACCUUUGCUACCACUAGCAGCUCACCCUUGAAGGAUUCUCUGGAGAUGGCCCCUCUCAUGAUGAAUGGAAGUUUUAAAGGAGAAAAGAAAGGAAAGAAAAGAAUGGCGACUCCUUUGGAUUUGGGGACCAAACAAUUGCAUAGCUUACUGGAUUUGAAUAAUGACAGUGCCAUACCGAGACUUCGAGGUGAACACACUCUGGUUAUGGGCAUUACUCCCGGAACUGAGCCAAAGAAGAAGAGGAGGAGGAGGAGGAACCAAGAUGAGGUAGCUUCGACACAAUCCGCCUCUCUCACUAAAACUACUUCAGGCUUGCCGAUGGUCCCUGAUGAUAUUGCAAACCAAUCUGUGCCUGCUGCUGCUACAGAUACUCACCUGGAUAUUGGAUCUGCAUCUGUGGAUGGCACGAAUGCACGAAAGAAGAGAAAGAGAAAGGAGAAAGAUGCGGAAUUAUAUCCGAGUAUACCUGAUUUAAAUGGAACUCAGGUUAUUCCAGGCUCAUCAGGAAAAGAUUUUCAGAAAACAAGCUCAUUAUCGCCGGAAGUUAAAAUGAAGCAGAGGAGGAGAAGAACAAAAGAAGGAUCCGACAAGCAGUGUCAGAUUAACAGGCUGGCUACUGGAAGACUGCUAGAUAGAAUCAGCCCCGGGACAAAUCAAGAAGCCCAAGGAACUGCUCUUAUUUUGACGUUUGCUGCAGGAAGUCCUGUGCCUACGAGGGAUAUUUUAAUCAACACAUUCUCCCAGUUUGGGCCUCUGAAGGAUUUUGAAACCCAGCUGGCGAAAGAUUCUAAUAUAGCUCAGGUGGUCUUCGCUAGGAGCACAGAUGCCGAUGACGCAUGUAGGAGCUUGGAGAAGAGCAACCCGUUUGGUUCAGUUCUUAUGAAGUAUCAAGUUCAUCACUUUGACCCUCCAAGCUUCCCGUCUGGAUCGGCCACUCUACCCAGUGAGGCGCCACCUCUCGACUUCAUAAAGCAGAAUUUGGAGAUGAUGACGUCGACGCUGGAGAACUCGGGAGACAAUCUCUCCCCGGAGACCAAAGCAAAGCUGGAGGUAGAUAUCAAAAGCCUUCUGAGCAAGGUCAGCAAUAUGGUCGGUUCGCCUUCUAAGUAGUAGUUGUAGGGAUCAGAAUGAUCUUUGUCUAGCUUGUUUACGAAUCGGUAGAUGUUAAGGCCAAUUUAUUAGUCUCAUAGUAGCUAGGCUCCUCGUUUUCUGAAUCAACUGUGACAUGGUAGUCUUA